AUGGCAUCCCCCAACAAUCCAAAAGCCAAUAACAGUACUGAAGAAAGCCAACAUCCCACGAACAAGAACAACCCAAGCAGAGACUACCGAGAGGGAAAGGGUGGAGGACGGAGCACCUUCACCAGUACCAAGGCUUCUGCUCACUUCCGCCCUCGACCCACCGACGUCCUCCUCGUCACUUACCCUAAAUCAGGCACCACAUGGCUCAAGGCCCUCGCUCUCUCCCUCACCGGUCGAUCCAAACACCACGACUACUACGCCUCCUCCCACCCUCUGCUUGCCGGCAGCCCCCACGACAGCGUGCCCUUCUUGGAGUUUUCCGCCCUCGGGAACCCCACGAACCCGAACCCCGACCUCCCUCUCAUGGCCACCCACAUCCCUUACUCUUCCCUACCCAGGUCAGUUUCGGAGACCAAGUGUCGAAUUGUUUACCUUCUGAGGGACCCAAAGGACGUGGUUGUUUCUCUGUGGCACUUCACCAGCAAGCACAGAUCCAAGGAGCUGCCGCCCGUCUCCUUAGAAGAAGCGUUUGAGCUGUUCUGCCAAGGGGUGUCGCCCCAGGGGCCCUUCUGGGACCAUGCCCUGGGCUACUGGAAAGCCAGCUUGGAGUACCCAGAAAGAGUUUUGGUCUUGAAAUAUGAGGAGUUGAAGAAGGAGCCUUUUGUUUCAGUGAAGAGACUGGCAGAGUUCUUGGGCUGCCUUUUCACCUCUCAGGAAGAGAAAGAAGGCGGCGUCCAUAAGGUGAUUGAGUUUUGCAGUUUUGAGAAGUUGAGCAAUUUGGAGGUGAAAAAGACCGGAAAGACGUUCGGCGGCGCCGUUGAGAGUAGUGUUUUUUUCCGGAAAGGUGAGGUUGGGGAUUCGGUGAACCACUUGACUCCUGAGAUGAUAGAGCGUAUUGAUCAAAUUACAAAGAGAUGGUUGCAUGGAGAAUUCCCAUUAUCUUCAAGCAUUUUCAUUAUGAUCCUUCUACUUUUAAAAGUUAAUCUAGCUAAUAUGAGGGUGGAGUUCUAA